UGUUGCUCAGUCAGGUGAGUUCCAUCAAGAGCUGAACAAAUGUCUCUGUUGGAGCCUUUUGCGUCCGUCCUCUUUUCCAGUCCCACCACACUGUUGGGGGCUUUCGCUGUGUUGCUCUUCCUUUACCUUGUUUCCAGUAACUUCACCUCUCAGCAAGUUGGGAAGGAGCCUCCGGGACCUAGGUCUCUGCCUCUGCUUGGAAACCUGUUGCAGCUUGAUCUCAAGAGACCUUACAGGACCUUAUGUGAGAUUUCUAAAGAAUAUGGAUCUGUAUUCACAAUUUACUUGGGAAUCAAAAAAGUAGUGGUGCUGGCUGGAUACAAGACAGUCAAAGAGGCUCUGGUCAACUAUGCAGAAGAGUUUGGGGUCCGAGAAAUCUCACCUAUUUUUUAUGAUAUAAAUCAGGGUCAUGGGAUUGUUUUUGCCAAUGGAGAAUCAUGGAAAGAGAUGAGAAGAUUUGCCAUCACCACUCUGAAAGACUUUGGAAUGGGCAAAAGAGUAGCAGAGGAUAAAAUCAUAGAGGAAUGCAGCUACCUGAUCCAAAUGUUUGAAAAGCACCAAGGGAAACCUUUUGAAACAACAUGCCCCUUAAACUAUGCAACGUCCAACAUCAUCUCAUCCAUUGUGUACGGAAAAAGAUUUGAGUACGAUGACCCCACAUUCACAAAUAUGGUGGGGAGAGCCAAUGAGUCGAUCCGCCUCGCUGGGUCGAAAUCCAUCCAGCUCUACAACAUGUUUCCCCAGUUGGCCGGUUGGAUAAAAGAUCGGAAACAGAUGUUGAAAAAUCUUGAGAUAAAUGUUAAAGAUGUCAAACAUUUAGUGAUGGCUCUACAAGAGACCUUGAACCCUGACAUAUGCCGUGGGUUUGUGGACUGUUUUCUGAUUCGGAAGCAGAAAGAGGAGGACUCACAUGUUAAGGACACACACUUCACUGAAAAGAACAUGAUAUUUUCAGUGACCAACCUGUUUGGUGCUGGUACCGACACCACUGCAGCUACACUCAAAUGGGCUUUACUGUUCAUGGCUAAAUAUCCACAAAUACAGGAUCAGGUCCAUGAGGAGCUCAACAGAGUGGUAGGGAGUCGUCAAGUUCAUGUAAAUGAUCGGAAAAACCUGCCCUAUACUGACGCUGUCAUCCAUGAGACUCAGAGAAUGGCAAACAUCGUACCCCUGUCCCUUCCUCACAAAACCAGCCAAGACGUCACUUUCCAAGGCUACUUUAUCAAAAAGGGGACCACUGUGAUUCCUCUUCUUGCUUCUGUCCUGUAUGAUGAGAAUGAAUGGGAGAGCCCACACACUUUUAACCCCUCUCACUUCCUGGAUGACGAGGGUAAAUUUAUCAAGAGUGAUGCUUUCCUGCCCUUUUCUGCAGGUCGCAGGGCGUGUCUCGGAGAGAGUCUGGCCAAAAUGGAGCUGUUCCUCUUCUUUACUUCGCUCCUGCAGCACUUUCAGUUCACCCCUCCACCUGGAGUGAGAGAAGAUGAGCUGGAUCUGACUCCAGCUCUUGGUCUGACCCUCUCUCCUUCACAUCAUGAAUUAUGCGCUAUCAUUCGCCAUUGAAGAAGACAAUCAGAUCACUUUAACAACUGCUUUAUACUAAGGUCUUAGCUCUGCUAUAAAUCCAGUAACAUGGAUCUGCAGCAGCACUCAGCAUUAGUUGAGGCAGUACCUGUAUUCUCAUUGUCUUUGUAAGGAUAAAUGUAGUCUACAUCAAACAGCUACAGCACAACACACACACACACACACACACACACACUCACACACACACACACACACACACACAUGUAUAUAUAUAUAUAUAUAUAUAUAUGUAUAUAUAUAUAUAUAAUUUUCUGCCACUUAUUUCCACAUACUGAUGUUAGCUUUGUUUGAUUUGUUGUAUUAGCCUUCUAUAAAUGAGUGAUUGUCCACAAUAACAUAUAGUUACAGUAAAGUCUCUCCAUACCACCA